CCUCAAGGUGACAUGGGAAUGGAGAUGGGCAAUCACUCAGCUGUGACUGAAUUCCUUCUGGUGGGACUUUCACACUAUCCAGAGCUCCAGCUUUUACUGUUUGUCAUCUGCCUCAUCAUGUACAUGAUAAUCCUCCUGGGAAACAGCCUGCUUAUUCUCAUCAUCACCCUGGAUUCUCGCCUCCACACCCCCAUGUACUUCUUCCUUGGGAACCUCUCGUUCUUGGAUAUCUGCUACACGUCCUCAUCCAUUCCCACAAUGCUCGUUAUGUUCGUGUCUGAACGAAAAUCCAUAUCCUUUAUUGGCUGUGCUCUGCAGAUGUUUCUCUCCCUUGGAUUGGGUUCUACUGAGUGUGUCCUCCUGGCCGUGAUGGCCUACGACAGGUACGUGGCCAUCUGCAACCCACUGAGAUACCCUGUCAUCAUGAGCAGGGUGUUGUAUGUGCACAUGGCCGCAUGGUCCUGGAUCGUAGGAUGUCUGAACUCUUCAUUGCAAACAGCUCUGGCAAUGGUGUUGCCUUUCUGUGGUAGUAAUGUUGUAGAUCACGUGACCUGUGAGAUCCUGGCUCUUCUUAAACUUGCUUGCUCAGAUAUCUCCAGAAACGUGUUCAUCAUGACAAUAGCCAGUAUUGUUUUGUUGUUAGCUCCUCUGCUGCUAAUUUUCAUCUCUUAUGUUUUUAUUCUCUCCUCCAUCUUGAGGAUUAAUUCUGCCGACGGUAGAAAAAAGGCCUUUUCUACCUGUUCAGCCCACCUGACUGUGGUCAUCUUAUUCUAUGGCUCGGCCCUUUUUAUGUACAUGAAGCCCAAGUCAAAAAACACAAAUGUUUCAGAUGAAAUAAUUGGAUUGUCUUAUGGAGUGGUAACCCCUAUGUUGAACCCCAUCAUCUACAGUCUGAGAAAUAAAGAGGUGAAAGAAGCUGUAAAGAAAAUACUGAGCAGACAUUUGCAUCUAUGGAAAACAUAA